AUGUUGUGCUGUCAUAUCUGGGCGAUUAACAUGAGGCAUCACUGGCAUUUGACCAUCCUGGCGGUUUUGCCUCUCUCUCACACCAGCAUCGAGGCUUCCGAAAGGUCCAUGGUACUGUGGCGAGGGAUGAGGAACCUCACCGUGCCGACGUCGGAGGCGGCUGCGUCAUGCCAGCAGGCGGGAGGGGACGGGAGACUCCCCGCCGACGAGCUCGCGUCGAAGGGAGGGACAGAGCUGGCGUUCAUGUCGAAAAAAAGGCUGUCUGUGUUCCCGGAGUACAGGGAGGUACAAGGUCGUCGAGGUCGAUCCGACGACAACUUCCCGCUGACAGCCGUCUUGCCGUCCUCGCUGAUCCCCACGCUGUGGAUCCAAGAGCUUUGUAUCGCUCCUGCUUACCUGUACAGCAAAUCGUCUGACUAA